AUGACUCUCCGUGAUUUCAUGACCUACCUUAUCUAUGUGGAGCAUGCUGCCGAAAAUCUCCAGUUCUAUCUCUGGUUCCAGGACUAUGAGAAGCGCUUUAAUGCGAAUCCAACAACAGAUGUCAAGCUCGCUCCCGAGUGGACUAGGGCUAUGCAGGACGAAGCUGUCAUCAAGAUUAGAAAGGAACAGUCAGACAAGAUGCGAAAAGAGCCCGAGGCAGCGGCAAUCUUUAAAGGUAGCGACUUUGAGAAGAAGGCUGGCAGCCAGGAUCGUAACAUGAGUGCUGUUGACCCUUUCGCAACACCUCCUCAGAGCAGCAAAGGGGACGAUUCCUCGAUUUACACAGCGUCUUGCACAAUGAACUCACUCAAUGCAAUGAGUCAUCAGAGCCAAGCAUCUGACGCUUUCAAUAUGGUGGGAGCGCAACAGCCUUUCACGAUCCAGCCAUUUCGAGAAGAGAUCAACAGGGUGAUCUCAACAUAUAUAAUGGAAGGUGCACCUCGUCAACUGAACCUAUCCUCUUCUGAACAGAAGGCGGUCAUUGUAGCGCUCUCCAAGACAACUCAUCCUAGCGCUUUUCGAAGCGUCUUCAAGACUGUUGAUUCAAGCCUUCGGCACCAAGCUCAUCCCAACUUCAUCCGAUGGUCUAUCUGCAAUGGAAACCCUGCCCGCGUGUUCUUUGCUCGAUCGUUGGGCGUUGGGCUCAUUGCCGCAGGCAUCAUCGCUGGACUCGUUCUCACGCUGAGUAACGCUGGCCGAGGAUACCGGGCACUGGCAGCCAUAGGUCUUGUUCUUGGUAUAAGCACACUUGUUGCGGCCUACAAGGGCAUGUGUGUUGUUCUGCAUGGAAUGCAUCACCGACAUGUCAGGCCGUGGGAACUGUUUGUGGACAGCGAGAACAUGGAAUAUGCGCAGAAGCAGAGCUUCGACUCGUUCGGAUCUAAAAACAGCUACGAGGAUGAACCCUGGGUCGUCAAGUACGAAAAGCGCAAUGUGGUCCGCAAAGUGUUCGACCGCGAGGUCUGGAUUCAGGAGCCCGCAUUGCGACAGAUUCAAGACACCAUAUUCGUCCAAGCAAUACUCGCUUCAGUUCUCCUGGGCGGCAUCAUCGCCGCUAUCUUUGUUGCUGUUCCAGGAGGCCAUUUCUUUUGA